AUGACAUGCCAUGCUUCAUGAUCGCCAGUCGUCACAGCACGAGGACUCAACCCUACAAGGUCCCAAAAAAGGUCAAACCAGGGCAUCGAAUCAGUCCCCCAGUCAGGUCCCAGUGGCCAGGGCACCAAGGUACGGACGAUGUGACUGAACUGAUUCCUUGCCUCACCGUGACCACAGGCAACCACUCUUUUCAAGCAGACCACCUUAACUACUUGAACCGGACACUGCCGGACCAGCAAAACGAGGCGCAAUUCGCAUCGCCAAACAGUCACAGAAAACUCCAAUCAACCGACAAACCCCACCCAUCAGAGCAUUCAGCCCCUCUCCUGACAUCCCCUUUCGUCCACUUAAUCCCAGAAUCCCAAGUCCAGCAAUCCAUUCCAGGUGCGCCAAGCCGGCUGCCGAGACGCAUUGAGAUCCAUCUCCAUCGAAUCCUAUCCGUCCCAUUGGGUCCGGUCGCUUCUGUAAUCCUAGAAAUCCAAAAGGGCUGUGCCGUAUGCCAUCAUCAACAGCCCCGAGUAAUAGAUCCGUUUGGAAGCCCGCCGCUUUGUUCCUUAUAAGUCUCGUCGUCCUCCUCUUCUUUGGCCGUCAACCUCCUCCUCCGCCUUGGAGUACAGCAACAGCCAUAACCACAGCUACAGUCACCGUUGCGGAAUCAGUCACGACCACCAUCACUUCUGUUGACGAAGGACCAGCACCAUCCUCCGUCACUUCAACCACUCCAGCCACAACAGAAACAAGCACCACUACCGAACAACAACAACCAACAUCCACAUCAACAACCAUGGGAGGCGGUCCAGAUUCCACCGGCUACCGCACCGUAGCCUACUUCGUCAACUGGGCCAUCUACGGCCGCAAGCACCGGCCGCAAGACCUGCCCGUCGAGAAGCUGACGCACAUUCUCUACGCCUUCGCCAACGUGCGUCCAGAUUCGGGCGAGGUCUACCUGACCGACCAGUGGGCGGACACGGACAUCCACUGGGAAGGAGACAGCUGGAACGACUCCGGGACGAACCUGUACGGGUGCCUGAAGCAGCUGAACCUGCUCAAGCGGCGCAACCGCAACCUCAAGGUGCUGCUGUCGAUUGGCGGGUGGACGUAUAGCAGCAAUUUCAGGGAGCCGGCGAGUAAAGAAGAGGGGAGGAGGAGGUUUGCUGAGAGUGCUGUUGAGCUUGUCAAACACCUCGGCUUCGACGGCCUCGACAUCGACUGGGAAUACCCCCAAAACGCCCAAGAAGCAGCCGACUUCGUCUCCCUGCUCGCCGCCUGCCGCUCCGCCCUCGACGUCUACGCCUCCACCGUGCCGGGCAACCCGCACUUCGAGAUGAGCGUCGCCUGCCCCGCCGGCCCGCACAACUACGAGAAGAUGGACUUGCCGGAAAUGGACCGGUACCUAGACUUCUGGAACCUAAUGGCGUACGACUACGCCGGCUCGUGGGACAGUGUAUCCGGCCACCAGGCGAACCUGUUCCACUGCAACAGCAACCCGGCUGCCACGCCCUUCAGCACCCAGCGCGCUGUCGAGUACUACCUGUCGACGGGCGUGGCGGCCGACAAGAUUGUCCUUGGCAUGCCGCUGUACGGGCGCGCGUUCCAGAAUACCGAGGGGUUGGGGCAGCCGUAUAGUGGUAUUGGUGAGGGGACGUGGGAGAGUGGCGUGCAUGAUUAUAAGAAGCUGCCGCUGGAGGGAGCCGAGGAGCGCAUUGAUUACGAGUCCGGUGCUACGUAUUGCUAUCAUCCGGGGACCAAGACGCUGGUGAGCUACGAUACGCCUGGCAUGGCGAGGAUGAAGGCUGAGUAUAUCCGGGAGAGAGGCCUCGGUGGUGGCAUGUGGUGGGAGAGCAGUGCUGAUAAGGAAGGCCCUGAUAGCUUGAUUGGCACCGUCGUCGAGGGCUUUGGCGGCCUGCAGGCGUUGCGUUGGGAUCAGAACUGCAUCGACUACCCGAACACCAAGUAUGACAACUUGCGGGCAGGAUUUCCGGGAAAUUAGGUCGUAGUCGUGGAUGUCGAUGUGUCGGAUGGUGAAUGCCGUCGGGAUAUGUAGUAGUGCCAGAGUAAAUAAACAUAUUCACAAUCACAGUCAGCAGCGGAUUUCAAGAGACAAAGAUUCGGU